AUGCCAUCGAUCCUGCUCUUUGGUGUCACGGGCCUUGUAGGCUCUCACCUUGUGCUCGCCCUGAGAGACAAACACCCCGAGUUACCAGUGACGGUGUUCCUGCGAAACAAGAGCAUCGACACCUAUCUGUCCGAAACCGCUCGCGUGAACAGAAUCGUCCACGGCACGUUCGACGAAAAGGACAAGAUCUCUGAGUUGUCUCGGGAGCACGAUAUUGUUAUCAACGUCGGAUCUUCGUGGGAUGUCGGACUCAGCGAAGCAAUCGUUGACGGGCUGAAGAAGCAACCCGACGACAAGAAACCCAUCCUGAUUCACAUGAGUGGUACGGGCAAUUUCGUGGACAAGACGUGGACAGAUGGUGCGACCCAUGAAGGUGUCAAGGUCUGGAAUGACGAUAAUCCCGAGGAUAUGAAGCUUAUCAAUCCUGACAUGCUGAACGGUGGCCCCGAUACUGUCGUCUUGAAUGCCGGCAAGGAAGGCAAGAUCACAACUUACAUCGUUUUCCCCUCCGGAAUUUACGGCGACGCCGCUGGUCCCAUCCCAGCUCUCGGUGUAAUUCAGCUGAUCUUCCGCGAAAAGGCCGAAGAGCUCGGAUUCGUGCCGUACGUUGGCGAAGGGAGCGCCGUGUUUAACUGCCUCCACGUCAAUGCGAUUGCGCCGUUUAUGCUCCUGGUUCUCGAUGCGGCAAUCCACGACGCAUCCCCGCGCGGAUCAGUCUACGAGCGAUGUUUCCUGAUAAGUGGCCAGAAGAUAUCGUGGAAGGAUACCGCUGCGGCUUUUGCAAAGUCGUUACACGCGGAAGGGGUCAUUGUGAGUCCAGAGGCUAGAAGUGUGACGUUGGAAGAGGCCGGCGGAGGCGAGCUGCCUAUGCUCAUGGCGAGCAAUAUGAGCUUUGUAUUGCCCAGGUCAGAGAGACUAGGAUACAAGCAUGAGGAAUUGGGGAUCGUGGAAUAUCUGGAGGGGCAGAGGAACAACAAAUGA